AUGGCGUCUUCCAGGAGCUUGAAGCUGGCAUAUGCCAUGCUUAUAGUGAUGGUAGUUGGUGCACCCCUAGCACAAGCAGCCAUCUCAUGUGGUCAAGUCACAAGCAGCUUGUCACAAUGCAUAGGCUACCUCCAGAGAGGUGGGGCUGUGCCUCCACCUUGCUGCGGUGGGAUCAAAUCUCUCAAUUCUCAAGCCAGGACCACCCCUGACCGCCAAGGGGUUUGCAACUGUUUGAAAUCCUUGGCUGGUCGGGUCUCUGGUAUCAACUAUGGCUACGCUGCUGGCCUCCCUUCCAAGUGUGGCGUAUCCGUUCCCUACAAAAUCAGCCCUUCCACUGAUUGCUCCAGCCAAAAGUGCACAUUUGUUCAAUCGGAGAGCAAAUUGACUGCAUCCUCUCACCCAGCCGAAGCAGCGAAGACUUAG